GUUGAAGAAGCCCCCAAGACGGCCUGAUGAUGGUCCGUAGCCAGUUUGGCUCAAGCCGUCGGGCUCGCAGCAAGACAGAACGGUGCGUUUGCGGCGGAACUGAUGGUUGCAGAUUGGCCUUGCACCCGCGAGAAGGGCAAAGACUUUUUUAUCGCAACGAUGGCGAUCGCGCAUCGCGUCCGUGGGGGCGCUGCCAGGCCGAAGGUCGAAGGCGCGGAGGCACCAGACCGGGCUCCAAAAACUCUGGAGACCGUCCCACCGCUCGACGGCGAGGUUUUGGCGACCCUGGUGACCGAGGUCCGUGAACCCACGGCGUGGGACGAGCUCCGCGGGGUCGGCAAUGGAGGCGCCCCGAUGCAGAGCCCACUGCGUUCGCCCGAGCCCGGCACCGAGAGGAGGAUGAGCCACACGAGCUCAGGAACCAGCACCGCGAGCUCUUCCAGUGAGACCGUGGCCGCCCGCCGUCGCGCCAACCGCCAGAGACUUCUCGGGCCCGAUGGCGUCUUCGUCGGUGAGUGCAAGGGCGGGUUCUGCAGCACCAACUGCUCGAGGUGCGCGCCGAGAAGGCGCCUGGAGGCGGCCGGGCCUGUCGCGGGGCAGGCGGCGCAGCCUUCGGCGCGAGCAUAGAGCAAGCGGCCGGCCUUUGCGCGCGCGCUCCGUUUCGACAUCCGCUUCGUAGUGUGUUCUGUGCUCCGCCGUCUUCCACAGCGAUGAUGGUGAUGGUGAUUCUCCCAUCUUCAGGUGAGCUCACGACCGCACGUCUUUCCCCGAGUCCACGGACGUCGAGUCGCCAGUUGGUGUAAAACCACGGACCACCUUUCUUUCCCACCCGACACUUUCUUGCAAGUCUUUUCGUUGCGGCGUUGAUCAAUGUAUGGAUGCUGCAUGCUGGCAUGAGGAACAAUAAGUAGUUUGUGAUACGCUGCAUCCUCCUCAGGCUCAUCUCCCUUCCCCGCCUGUUGUGCAGGGUGACAUUUUGUACGGGCGGCCGAAGCGCCGCCGCUAGAGUACUAUGGAGAGCGAAGCGUGACGCUCGCUGACAGCUCGCCUGUCCAACGUAUAUUGAUUUGUGCACUAUCACGCUUGUCGUCAGUCGACAUGCGUUAAUGUUUUUUCUUGGCGCGCGGGAUUCACACGUACAGGAGCUGUCCGAACGUUUGCAUUGUAAAUUGCCAGCCGCAAUUUGAUGCGUGCACUUCACUUCGGAGGAAGUAGAACAUCCCUUCUUUGAAGACUGGCAUCAUGGACCUUCUUGUCCAUCCCGCCAUAGUGAACUCGUCUUGCUGGGCUGCCUUCGUUCUUGCGACUGGUGACGGUGUUGUUGCGACACGUUUGUCGAAUGAGGGGGGAGUGGGGGCGGAG